AUGGCGGACUUUUCCGAGGACCCGUUCCAGAUGGACGAGGACAUCCAGACACCGCCGGAACGCAGCCUAUCGCUGCCGGGACACACAGGCCGGGCCGGCGCCAGGGCCGACGACGCAGGUCACGUGCCGCCUUUUCCAGCAGGUGGAAUCACCCAGCUACGAUCCCGGUUGACCCGGAUCAAGAUCGAGGACGGCCCCGGCACGACCACCGAGGAGGAAGGGUUGACGUACGAGGAAGAUGCGGACGACAAGUUCGACGCCGACGCCGGAGAUAAGCAUGCGCAGAUGUACGCCAGCAACGAGGUGGCUGCCGGCAGCGGGACGCUAACUCCGCCCGAGAACUUUGCGCCGGUGAUCAACCGCGUAUACCGGCUGUCGUUCCCCCAGACCCACAACUUCGGCUUUCUCAAGAAAUUGCAGCUCAAGGCCGUGCUAUGCUUGAUUCCCGAGGAGUACCCGCAGGCACAGCAGGACUUCUUUGAAAAGGAGGGCAUCCGGCUCUUCCAGCUCGGCAUGCUGGGCAACAAGGAGCCGUUUGUGAAAAUCAGCAGCGAGCUCAUCACCCAGGCCGUGCAGAUCGUCAUCAACCCGGAAAACCAGCCCAUAUUGAUCCACUGCAAUCGCGGCAAGCAUCGCACGGGCUGUCUCGUGGGCGUGCUCCGCCGGCUCCAGGGCUGGUCGCUCACCAUCAUCUUCGACGAGUACCGCAUGUUUGCCGCGCCGAAGGAGCGGCCCAUGGACCAGCAGUUUAUUGAGUUGUACGACGAGGCGGAGAUAGUGGACUACGCCGAGAGCAACGGCUUCCUACCGAUGGCGUGGCUGUGA